AUGAUCCGCUAUGUUGUGCAGCCUCGUCGAAGGCUACUUCUUACCAUCGGACGUCGUCCUCUAUCCACCCAAGGAAGGCCCUCAAUAUUCAGGCGCAUAAAGGACGACAUCGAUGAUGCCGAAUCUCGUGGUGUUCUACCAAAUUUCGGACCCAAGCCCAAUCUAGCAAACUGGUUCGCGACAUCAACCUUUCAGCUCUUGUAUUUUUACGCGACUGGCAUAUUCAAAGUACUCAGACGCAGGACCGACCUUUCGAGGACGCCAACUACGAGGAGGGAAUGGCGCAUGCUGAGGACACAGCACAGAGAUAUGUCCAAGAUUGCCCCGUUCUGCGUGCUAUUGUUGGAUCCCAUCAUUCUCCCGUUCGUCAUAUUCCUCCCGCCUUCAUUUCUUCCUUCGACAAUUAUACUCCCAGGCCAGCUUCGGCGUCAGCAUGCAGCGCAUAUCCAGAGUGUCAAGCAGGCUCUCCCGGAUCUCAGAAAGGCCUACAAGCUUCUUGAGCGCCUCAAGAUCGAGCCUUUCGUGGAAGAGGAUGACGAUGAAGAUGAACACGACACAGUUUUAAAGGGCGUUAAGGUUGACGAUAAGGACGACUUUUGGUUUCAUCGUAGCCGCCGCCUCGCCAUCUGCCAUUUGUAUGGACUACCUGCAUUCCAGUCAAUCCCGGUUCCUCCGCUCGGCAUCGAGUCUCACAUGGAGUUUCUCGAGGAGGAUGAUGCAUGGCUGGUGAAGGAUGGGCUGGACGGGCUAGGUCCUGACGAGGUGCGCGAGGCAGUGAAUGAACGUGGUCUGUGCUUGGUCAGUGAGACGGAAGCUGCAUCAUUGCUUAGGUGGUGGCUUGACCAUGUCGCAACUGGGAGUAACGAUCAGAGGCUCAAGGCAGCACUCGCUUUUUCUGCCUUGUAUAAGCCGGUCCAGGAUGGAGACUAA